CUCAUAGGUUCUAUGUUGUCUGAUGGACUGUUCAGAGGAGUUCAUAUCUACAAGGGAUGUAGUCGUCACAGUAGUCUUAAAGAGUGGCUCUCGCCAACAUCAUCAUGUGAUUUACGAUCGAUAAGACGCGAGGUUGAAUCUUUUCCCAAUGACAUAUCAGAACUGCCAAAGAAAGUUGGUAACUUUGUUGAGGUAAAAAGUACUGCGUUGGAGUACAUGCGAAAAGUUCGCUGCUUCUUGACAUCAACACAUUUUAUUGUUGCAAAAGAGAAGAUAUGGAAAUCUGCCAAAGAAACCCACCCUUACGAAGUUGAUGCCAUACUUAAACUAUCUGACUACACUUUCUAUUUCUCUGGGGAAAUUCUUGUCGUUGAAAAUAGACUACAGUCAGGGUCUCAUUUGUGUAGAUAUUUUGAGUUGUGCGAUGAUUCAAGUGUUAACAUAUGGAAGCUGCUGUUUCGCCAGUGUGGUUGUUUAGGCCCCGACACUGCCGAAGAUGAUGGUAGCGAUCUAGAACCUCGUAAUACUUUCGUUAUCUCUGAUGACGGUUUGAUAGAUUCGGAUGAGCUACCAUGUGCCCUCUCACCUCCCGCUUUCUUUGUUAUUCCACCUCCUUAUCAGUCUAAAUCUGGCCAGUCCUCUAGUAGUAUGCUGAGCGAUAUAAACAAUACAUUGGACAGAUCGGGGCAGGGAGAUCUGAUGCUGUCAAAACACUUGUGUUGUUCAGAGAGUUGCCUCCUCGACAUAGCUCAUGGUGAGGUGCGACACAGUAAGAGACGGCGAGUAUCCAGCUGCACGGCCUUCACGUGGAACAACAAAUUAGUUGCAACAGUCGAGAAAUCAAGUAUAAAAAAGAAAGAGAAAGCAUUAAAGUCAGUCAGUCUGUCAUUUUCAAGAAAAGGAAAACGAACAACUUGCAAGAGAAGGUCUAAAGAUGACUCAGUGGUACCGAUCCUCUCCCAGUACCCCCAGUCUCCUAUGUCUAAGUUUCAGAGUGGAUUACAACUCAGUGUUUACAACAUCAAACCAGAACACUUUGCUCAGCAGCUCACAUUCCUGGAUCAGCGGUACCUGCUAGCAAUGUCUCCCAGAGAGCUGCUCUACUGCGAGAAGAUCAACGACGAUAAAGUGAGCCACAAGUUGCCCAAUAUUCGAGAAGCGGUGACAUUCUUCAACCACGUAAGCAUGUUGGUGGUACAGCUGAUAUUACACGAGACUACACCUCGAGCCAGGGCCCGCCUCAUCAGAUACCUGAUAACCGUGUCAGAGAAGUUGCGACAACAGAACAACUACAGUUCUCUUCGUGCAAUAAUCGCUGGUCUGCAAAGUAACCCUAUCUACCGACUAGAGAAAAGUUGGAAACUGAUAAAGGGCCAGUCCAGGAAAACAUUCAACAAUUUGGUCGAGAUUUGGAAACACACAAACAAUUACGAGAAUUACCAGAAUUUGUUGGAGAAGGGGCUGCAGCGUGGUUUUAUCGUUCCUUUCUUAGGACUCUUCUUCAACCAGGUGCUCAUGACGUCAUUAAUAUUCAAAGAGCUCAACAUUCCUGAACUUGAACUUUACCCCGAGGAAUUGGAAGGACCGUGGAGGGACUCGUUUGUUCAGGUGCCAGAAGGAGGCUGCAGUUCCACCGAUCCUCUGGUGAUCGCGACUGCAGCGGACUCUGAUACUGACGACUCUGUGGAUGUUGCUCUGGAUUCUAUCUGUCUCUCUCCCUGCUUCCCCGCUACACCAUCUUCAUUCUCCAGAAAGCUCAAGCGGUUAAGAAAGAAGCCCCUGCAUGCAGGCGAGGUUGGCUUGUUGCCAGGAGUAGAAGAAGUGCUUGGUCCUGUGACACGCGCUAUAGCGGAGCAGCACCCUCGCACCAAGGUCCUGCAGAUUCAGUACCUGCCUCCUUACUUGCUCAGACGAUACCAACUAGCAGCGAGUGUUGACAAGUUGACUGAUCGUCCUGCUGUCCACUAUUUCAUAUUCAAGGAUAAGCUGCUUGGCGAGGAGGAACUAAGGGCACUAAGUUUGCAGAGGGAGAGUUAAAGGUGGUCCAUUCUUAAUGGACUGACCCGGUGCGCGCUACUUCAUUAUAGCGCUUUGGUUAUUUCGAGAAGAAAGCGGCGUGCGCUAAUGCGAAGAAAUUUAGACGAGUAUCAUCCGUCAAAGAAGAGGACUCCUCGUCAAGAGGAGUGAAUUACGCUUAGUCUACUGGUGUGAUUACUAUUUACUCUUCGAUAAAGUUUAUACACUUGAUACCAUUUUGAAUAAGUUUAUAAUGUUGGAUACAUAAGCUGAUUUAUAUUUGAAAUUUGUUAUAUGAAUGUGCUUUUGACGUGGGAUUGCUGUUGAUUUACAUUCACAUUUUGCAUUCAAAUUCGAUUUUGGACCCUCUUGUUAUUAUUAUUUAUUUCAAAUAACGCUGACUUUAUUUUCGUGGAUUGGCGGUUGCUUUUUUCUAUAAAUUUAAUUCUAAUAAAGAUUCCGUUCUAAA